CAAAUUAAGGGGCUGCCCCUCACACAAAAUGUUUAUAUAUAAUAUAAUAUAUAGUAAGGUAUCAAUUUUGACUAACAAGAGCCACCAUUAUUUCCACAAAAAAUUUAUACUUUAAUUUGGUCACUAAAAUUCAAAGAAACUUGAGUAGUAGCUAAGAUGAAGUUGGUGGUGGCAAACCAACAAGUCCUAUAAAUAUCAAUCAAAGUUAUUGCUACUCAUCACACACUCACUACUAGUUUGAUAAAAAGAAAAACACACUCACACAAACACAAACACUUAGUUAAUUUUUUACUAUAAUUAACUUUUUUACCAAUGGCAACAGAAAACAAAAUCUUGAUCCUUGGACCAACAGGAUCUAUUGGAAGACACAUAGUUUGGGCAAGUGUUAAAGCAGGAAAUCCAACAUAUGCUUUGGUUAGGAACACACCUGGCAAUGUUAACAAGCCAACGCUCGUUGAAGCUGCUAAUCCUGAAACCAAGGAAGAGCUUAUUGCUAAUUACCAAUCUUUAGGAGUUAUUCUUCUUGAAGGUGAUAUUAAUGAUCAUGAAACUCUUGUUAAGGCAAUUAAGCAAGUUGAUACUGUGAUUUGUGCCACUGGUAGAUUACUAAUUGAAGAUCAAGUCAAGAUCAUUAAAGCAGUUAAAGAAGCUGGAAAUGUUAAGAGAUUUUUCCCAUCUGAAUUCGGACUAGAUGUAGACCGUCACGAUGCAGUUGAUCCAGUGAAACCAGUUUUCGAUGAAAAAGCAAGUAUCCGAAGAGUAAUUGAAGCUGAAGGAGUUCCUUACACUUACCUUUGUUGCCAUGCCUUUACCGGUUUCUUCCUACGUAACUUGGCUCAAGUCAACACCACGGAUCCUCCUCGCGACAAAGCUGUCAUUCUUGGAGAUGGAAAUGUGAAAGGAGCAUAUGUGACUGAGUCUGAUGUGGGAGUUUUUACAAUUAGAGCAGCAAAUGAUCCCAAUGCAUUGAACAAAGCUGUCCAUAUAAGACUCCCUAAAAAUUAUUUGACCCAAAAUGAGGUUAUUUCUCUAUGGGAGAAAAAGAUUGGGAAGACUCUUGAGAAAACUUUUGUUACAGAGGAACAAGUUCUUAAGGAUAUUAAAGAAUCUUCAUUCCCUCGUAACUACUUGUUGGCAUUGUACCAUUCACAACAAAUAAGGGGAGAUGCAGUUUAUGAAAUUGAUCCUGCCAAAGAUAUUGAAGCUUCUGAAGCCUACCCUGAUGUGCCAUACACCACUGCUGAUGAAUAUUUGAAUCAAUUUGUCUAAGGAAUGUGUUUUUUUUCAUACCAAAAAAGUUGAAUAAGAUAAUGUCCUUUUUUUUUAUAAUAGUUUCACACUUUCACUAGCUUUGUACCACAUCCAGUGUAUGUUACUGGUGUUUGAUUUGUCUUGUUCUCAUUUCUCAAUAAUUCAUCCCAAUUGAUGUAAUGUUUUGCAAAAAUAAUAAAAUUGUAAGAGGUACCAUGUUUGCA